UAAGAGAGUUAAGUGGAAAGCUGAAAAGGGAACAGAGAUUGCUUCUAAGCCAAACAAUUAUGUCAAAAAGAGUGUCAAAAAGCUACAAAGACGUUACAUACUUGUGAAGCAAACUAUAUACCUUAUCCAAACGGUAACUGUUGCAUCCAAAUAUAUAAGCUGAUAAUAACUUAACAGGAAGGGUGGCAGUAGUUAAUUAUACUGGAGAUCGAGGGCUUCCAUCCAUGGAGGAAAUGGUGGUGGAAGCUCUCAUCUUUGGCGAUGCAAAAUCCCGAGUCAUGGCUGCAAAGCAAGUCGGGCAAUUCACGAGGAAACAACGCCACAAAAUACCUGAAAAAGACAUCAUUCCUCCAUUGAUCUCCAUGCUCCAUUCCCAAGAUUAUGAAGCCAUUGAAGCCUCACUCUUGGCUCUGCUUAAUCUAGCCUAUGGCAGUGAAAGGAAUAAGAUCCUGAUUGGUAGAUUUGGGGCAAUAUCAGUGAUAGCAAUGGUGCUUCAGCUCCAGAAUGAAUCGUUAUGUGGGCUAGCAAUCGCAGCGCUUUUGACACUUUCUUCUUGCAUGGCAAACAAGGUGGAGAUUGUAAAAUCAGGGGCGGUUGAACAUCUUCUCUAUCUGCUCAGAUCACAGUUCUUCACAGCUAGAAACAUGAUCAUCAGUCUUGAUAUCAUAUCCGUACUACACAAUCUCUCAACUUGCCACGAAAUCGUCCCGAGAAUAGCCGUAUCAGGAGGAGGAGUAGCGUUGCUGCUCCAAAUAAUAAAUUCCUCGGAGAAAUCAUCGGAGAUGGUGGAGAAAGCAGCGGCGGUGCUUGAGAACAUGGUUUGUUCAUCGGACGCGGCGAUGAAGGAGGCGGCGGAAACCGCGGGUUGUGUCGGGGUGUUGGUGGAGGCUAUGGAGGAGGGUUCGAGGUUGUGUAAAGAAUACGCGGUGGGGAUUCUGUUGAGGCUUUGCCGGAGCUGCAGGGAGAGCUACAGGGGGGUGAUAUUGCGGGAAGGAGCCAUGGCGGGGCUGCUUCAGUUGACGGUGGACGGGACGGCGACGGCCCGGGAGAAGGCGAAAGCGCUGAUUUUGCUCCUCAGAGAUUGCCCGAAUCGCGGCGGCGGCGGCGGUCAAAGAAACCCGCAGACGCAGGCGAAGAAUGUGCUGUUGGAAGAGGUUAUGAGCCAGAUUGACCGAGGAGAUCGAGCCGGAAUGUCGGUGGCGGUGUUGGAGGAGAUGAUUGCCAAACUUCGAACAUGAUCUCAUCUCAUUCAAUUCAAUCAUAACUUAAGUCACACUAAUUUUAAAUCUUCAAAGUUCUUGUUUAAAAAUUGUUGA